GAUUGGUUGGGACUUUUAUUUGUCGAAGCAGUAGCUCCGGGUCACAGGUGUUUGGCUUUUGAAGAUGGCGGCGCCCGGUGAGCUGUUCUGCUGGAAGGCUGGUUUGGGUUUACCGUCAGUAAAUACGGACUGUCUCAUUGUGCUGGCAUACGCUCGCUUUGCUGGAGCUCCGCUCAAAAUUUACAAGAUUUCUAACCCCUGGAGAAGCCCCACAGGUUCACUUCCUGCUCUCAGGACCAAAGAUGAAGGCAGCUGCUCCCAACCCAGUCAGAUCAUCAUUCAGUUGAGGAAACAGAAAUACAAUGCAGACUAUGAUCUCUCGGCCAAAGAGGGCGCAGACACACUGGCCUUCAUCUCACUGCUGGAGGAGCGACUGUUACCUGCGCUGAUCUACGCUUUAUGGAUCGAUCCUAAAAACUAUGUGGAGGUGACGCGCCGCUGGCAUGGAGAGAAUAUGUCCUUCCCGCUCAACUUCUUCCUGCCGGGCCUCAUGCAGAACAGGCAGCUUGAGCGACUCCGCCUGAUCCGGGGAAACAGUUCGCUGGAGGCGGGAGAAGAGGCAGAGAAGGAGCUUUACCACGAUGCUCUGGAGUGCCUCAAUCUUCUCUCUCAGCGACUGGGAUCGAACACAUUUUUCUUUGGCGAUUCGCCCUCUUCUCUAGAUGCAUAUGUCUUUGGUCAUCUAGCUCCGCUUAUUAAGAUCCGGCUGCCUAACUGCCGACUGCAGCAGAACUUGAAGAAUCUGGACAACUUGAACACAUUUUGCUGUAACAUCCUGAGCUUGUACUUCCCCAGCGAGAGUAAAGAGGGCGUCAAUCGUCCGAUGUCCAGCACACAGCAGGGGAGCGACUUUGACAACGAGUCAUACAAGAGACGCAAGCAGCUGCUGUCAGUACUGGUCGCAGUAGCAGCGAUGCUCAGCUACGCUCUCCUCACCGGCAUAGUAGCUAUUGAGCAUGUGCAGGAGCAGGAGCCUGUAGGCCCCGCCUCACUCAGAGGCCCCUCCCAUGAGGAAGAGGAUGAGUGAAAGUAGGACUUUUUAGUUGCACUAGGAUGGUCAUGCCUACAUGGUGGAAGAAAACACAGGAACAACAUAUUGUUGGGGAUUGAUGUAUUAUUUAUUCCUUGGGCUUUAAUUGCAUGAUAAUCUUUGAUUUUAUAUCUUAUUUUUUCCAUAGAGCUGCACUCUUUUGAAUGGGUAUAUUCACCUGUGUUAGCUACAAAUGCUAAGCUAAGUUUAGCUGAGAAAGCACUUAAAACUUCACCGUCGUCACCAACCUCAACGUUCAUUGUGUGGACCAAAACAUAUAUUACAGUUUUAAAUAGCUUUAUGAUAAUGAGAAUGAGAUUUACAUCUCUUACAUGCUAUUGCCUUAUUUAAAGCUCUGUGUUUCUUUUAACACAUUUUAUUUGCUUAGCUGCAUUGUUCUGCUCUGCUGUCAGCACUGGUCUGCUGUUAUAUACUUCAGAGAGAUUAAUACUUAUGUUAAUGUGAUGAUCCUAUUGAGUGAAAUGGGAAAUUACCAAUAUUUAAUGAUGUUAGAGUCUUGAAGACAUACAGUAAAUCACCAAAAACAUAUAAUUUGUUUGACUUCAUGUCUCAUUCCAAACCUGUGCGACUUGGUUUCUCAUGUGAAAUACAAAAGGACAUAGUAUGUAAAAUGUCAACAUUGAUUUCCUCUCAAUUAAAGUGCAGAUUUGUGCUCCAGAAGGAGAAAAAGUAGUUCAAACAACUUGUGAUCUAUUUUCAAAAUAUUCUGCAGCCAUACUUUAGUUAAUUUAUAUAAUUAUUCACUAAAAAUAUCCCUCUUGGCUAUUGGAACUUAUUUGUGCUAUAUAUUCUUGUUCAAAUAUGCAUAUGCAUGUUAAAAUUUGGAUCAGCAUGUUUGAUCGCAUGUGAGAACCAAUAGCAUUUGGCAUCACUAAUUUGUGCAUUGCACAUUUGAAUAUUGCGGCAGAAUGAUUAUUAUGGCAUAUUGUAUAUGAAUAAGCGAACCCUUUAAACACUUCCAGCUUACUGCAAAGGAUAAAGAGGAACGGUUUUACAUUAUUGAGGAUUAGAAAUGGCACUUGCGUAUUUUUUAGGAGAACGUAACAGAUUAUUAAAGCCAAAAGUUACUGUCCAAAGAAAUCUUCCUGACAGACCACAAAACUGGCAAAAGAUAUUUCAGUUCCUGUAACUUUCCAUGAGGUCUAUGGCAGUUAAACUAGAGGAGAGUGAUUUUUUAUUUUUUUAUUUAGUUAAACUGUUUGAAAGAGAAACAAUGGAUUAAUGAAGAUGGCUGAUUUGGAUAUUGUUACUUAUUGUUUGUUGUCUUUUUUUUUUUUUUCUCUAAGCAUCUUUGUUUUAGACCAUAAAGCUCCAAAACUAGUUCCCUGGUGUGUUGAUAUGUGUGUAUUCAUUCAUAGAGAUGGAAAGGAAACUACAGAUUGAACAGUCAGUUAAUCUCAUUUCACAAGGUGUUACGAGCUGUAAAUAUAUAUUGCUUAUAGAGUUCUAUUUUCAUAAUUUAAUAGGCAAAUAAAUGGUCCUGAAUAAUCCUUGUUCUGCAGUGGGUUUCUUUAUUUUCUGCAGUUGCAAUGCUGUAUUGACACAGAGGGAGUUGCUGAUUUUAUCUGUUGCAUUGUUGUAACAAGUGACCCUGAGCUGAGGACUGUGUGUGUGAAUUGGAGGUUGUAAGAGAGAAAGAUAUUUGUUUCAAGCUACGGUUUACCUGCCGGCAAUGUUUCCGAGCAUCAGAGCUGAUUGAGCGAGGGCUCUGUGAAUUGGUGCCCUGGGGAGACGCAGCUGUGUGUUACAGCACCAGACUGGAAUCCUUCUCUGGCUCCUGUUCGUUUCCUUGUAUUUGUGUGUGGAAACAUAGUGAACCCCCUCCCCAGCACUAGAUCCAGAGAAAUCAGGAGCUCCCCGAAGCCGCACGACAUCGUUUAAUGACCUCAGAAGAAUCAUUUGGGAAAGAAUUCCUGUUCAAGAAGGAAAAAUGCAUUUGGAUUGUGCUCAUUUUCCACACAGGGAUUGAGACGGGGAAGCGGGUCCAGUAAAGCUCAAGUAUGACAGAACUGUUCCCCCGACACCUGCUGUUAAAAGCUGUUUCUAGGGAAACUCAGAGGUAAUGAAAAAUAAACAUCACCCCAGGACAGACUGUCGGGACUGGACGCUGAAACUGAACAGCCCUCAUGCUCUGCUUUGACAUGUCAACAGCAUUUUCUUUCUUUAUGCCAGGAGAUUGUGUUUGCAAGCAGACUGGCACAAAAUCAAGAGCUGACACUGGAAUUAUUAAUUUGAGCAAGAAUAGAUGUCAAAGCCAGUGUUUGCAUCUGUUCUUUUCACAAUACAACAAUUCUUAUGGUAUUACCAUGUGUAUUA